AUGGUAGUUUUACCACCGUGCGUUCCCGCUGACUGUGGGAAGGAAUUCCGACACUCCUUGCGCAAGCCGAGCCCCAACUACCCCGGCAGCCCCACGUACCCAGGCGCAGCGGGCCUCGCCGCCAGCGGGAGACAGACCGACAGGGAGCCCGGGCGGCGGGCGGGCCGCGGCGGCCGGCGCGGCGCCGAGCGGGGGCCGCCGCGCCGCGAGGUGCCCGCCUUCACCGUGCAGGCGCUGCAGCGAGGCACCAGAGUGCGCCCGCCGCCCCGCGCCGCGCCCGCCCCUCCGCCGCCCGCCGACACCGCCUUCAAGCGCCUCUACACCCGCAACGAGUUCCCCGCCAAGAUCGAAGCCGGCAUCGAGGGCAAGAGGCUCGUGUGGAAGGUGCCGGUGGAGCAGCUGGACUACCAGCACUACCUGCCGCUGCUGCUGGAGGGCACGGCGGAGGGCGCGGAGCCCUACGUGUACGUGAUCGAGCAGGCGCUGGCGGACAUGGUGGCGGCGGCGCCGGCGCGCGUGCUGGGGGCCGUGCCGCGCGCCGUGCUGCCGCUGCGCGCCGCGCUGCAGUCGGGCCGGCGCGCCGCCGUGUGCCACGCGCUGCGCUGCCUGCGCCUGCUGCUGGACGCGCCGCGCGUGGGCGAGGCGCUGGUGCCGUACUACCGGCAGCUGCUGCCCGUGUGCCGCGUGCUGUACAACCGCGGCCGCGACCUGGGGCCCGGCAUCGACACCAACAACAAGCGCGGGGAGAACGAGGGCGACCUGGUGGAGGAGACGCUGCAGCUGCUGGAGCGCCGCGGCGGCCCCGACGCCUUCCUCAACAUCAAGUACAUCGUGCCGCCCUACGAGUCCGCCGUGCUCAACUAG